AUGUCUCAUCUUCAGCUAACCAGUAGUCUCUCCUGGGAGAUGACCUUAUCAAAAAUCUUGCGCCCUGCAAUGCCAGCCACACUUGCAGACUAUGUUACUCUUGCAGCUAUAGUCGGAGUGACUGCUUGGUGGCUCUAUGAGAAUCAUCUCAAAGCGAGUGAUCCUUACCACCAUCUCUGGUUCGAAUGCCCCCAGCAGCAGGGCGAAAAUAACCGUCCUGAAACUCGGAGAGUAACGAACAUCGCCGAGUACAUGGACAUGGUCAACAAAAACAUUGUCAUUUUCUGGGGCUCUCAGUCUGGUACUUCAGAAGCUUUUGCGCAUCGACUCGCAAGGGAACUUCAUAGCCGGUAUGGUCAGGAGACCCUGGCAGCAGAUCCCUCUGACUUUGAUGCCACAACGAUCUCUCUCCUCGGAAAGUCUCGACUAGCAAUUUUUAUUAUUUCUACGUACGGAGAAGGAGAGCCAACGGAUAAUGUUAUGGGCCUUUGGAACUGGGUACAAAAUGCAGCCAGUUCCUCCGUUCAAGGAUUGCGCUACGCUGCAUUUGGUCUUGGAAACAGUAAUUAUAAGAACUAUAAUCGGGCGGUGGACUGCUUGGUGGAACAAUUGUCCAGACUAGGUGCCGAAGCCGUUAGCCCUCUCGAAAAAGGAGAUGAUGCAACGAACACUACCGAAGAAGAUUUCAUGGUGUGGAAAGAAAACCUUUUUAAAAGUCUCGUUAGAAAGGUUGGAUUGGAGGAAAGAGAAAACACAUACGAACCAGUUCUUCUAGUUCAAGAAGACGAAUCAUUGACUGAUCUUCACCUAGGUCAACCAGAGGAAGUCACUGAUAGUCUCAGAUCUGUACACAACAACUCGCCAGUACGAAUCUUGAAAGUCAUUGAGACACAGAAACUCUUUGAUUCUUCGGAUCGACAAUGUCAUCACCUGGAGCUUGACAUUAGUAAAAAUCCGGAGUUAAUCUACAAAACGGGUGACCACCUUGGUAUCUGGCCAAGUAAUCCAGAUUCCGAAGUCAAACGCCUGCUAAAGAUGCUGGGGCUUGAAGAAAGAAGAAACAAUCCAAUCCGCAUCACAUCGAUAGACCUUGUCACGAAAGUUCCAGUUCCGACGCCUACAACUAUCGAAGCUAUCCUGCGAUACUAUCUAGAAAUAUGUGGAUUAGUUCCGCGCGAUAUAUUGCCUAGUCUUGCAACUUUUGCUCCGACAAACAGUGCCAAAGCAUAUAUAUCAAAUCUGGGCGAGGACAAAGAGGCUUACUCUAGCUUUAUGAAUGGGAGAUAUAUGAAUAUAGGACGACUUCUUGAAUUCGUCUGCCCUUCAGGCACAUGGUCUUCGCUUCCUCUAUCAUACCUUCUCGACAUUCUACCGAGAAUGCAGCCCCGCUACUAUUCGAUUUCAUCAAGCAGCUCGGUUUCUCCACGAAGACUAUCUAUAACAGUUGCUGUUGCAGGGCUUCCGGUUCAAACAGAAAAUGAAGUCAUCUCAGGAGUCACGACAAACUACCUUUUGUGUCUUUCCAACUCUCGUGGGUCUGGGUCAUCUUCGAAACCUCUCUCGUAUCAACUUGGGGGGCCGUCUAAUAUGUUGGGCGGAGACAAGAUUUACGCUCACAUUCGGAGAAGCAAAUUCAAACUGCCGGCCCUCGGGAGCAGUCCACUAAUAAUGGUUGCUGCGGGUACUGGGUUGGCACCAUUCAGGGGGUUCUUAAAAGAGAGGAGCAAAUUGAUGUCGAUUGGCAGGCCAGUGGGGUCAAUGAUUUUGUUCUUUGGAUGCCGCAAUGAAGAGGAAUAUAUCUAUCACAAGGAGUUACAAGAGAUGCAGAGUAUUCUUGGUCAAAAGCUGGUGGUUGUAACAGCAUUUUCUCGAUCGCCAGGCCAACCACGAGAGUAUGUUCAAGACUGUAUUGUUGAGCAUGGCAACGAGGUCGUACAAUUUCUGGAUCAAGACGCUCGGUUUUAUAUCUGCGGAAGAGCGAGUAUGGCACUCGAAGCUCGAAGGGUAUUGGUAAAUCUGCUAGUGCAGAAAAAAGGAAUGAGCGAGGCUGAAUCAGAUGAGUGGUGCAAAUCUCUGAAGAGGGGCAACAAGUGGCAAGAAGACGUAUGGGGGUGA